CUUGAGGAGCUUGACCCGCUCACGAGAGAGGACUUCGCUUGGAUGCCUCUACCCUCGACCGGAACCUUGCCAAGGCCGCAUUGCAAUGCCUUGAUGGCAACUCUACACUCCUAUUUGCACACUAAAGUACCAGCUCCGUUGACGAACGACGGGGUAGUGGUUGCCGAUCUCCGCGCCUAUCUUGCGAAGAUUGACCGCGAGCACGCCACCCAAAGGUACACCGAAACCGACGCACCUUUGCUCUAUAUCCGCAUUCAAAUCGGAAAGGUAACCUGUAGUGCCUUGAUUGAUUGCGGAGCGUCUCGCAACUUCAUGAGUCAAGCCUUUAUGGCCCGCGCAGGUCUUGGCCCGCGCGUUCGAAGAAAGUCGCAACCUACGCAAGUUACACUCGCGGACGGCCGCACGCAAAAGUCAAUUGACCGAUGCGUUGACGGCAUUCUAGUCUACUUUGCGCCACUUGCGUGCGAGCCGGUGUCUUUUGACAUCCUCGACACCAAGUUCGACAUGAUUCUAGGCAUGUYUUGGUUGCGUAGCGCCGAUCAUCCGGUGAACUUCCAUGACCGAAUCGUUCACAUCCGUGAUCGGAACGAAGUGUUAGUCCCAUGUACGAUCGCGACCCCUCACACUUUGAUUGCUUGUCACGUGGUUUCCGUUGCGCGGAUUUGCGACGCCAUUGCUCGGAAUGACAUUGAGGAGAUAGGCCUGGUAUUCUUGCAUGCCCUCCCCUCGCCGGACGGACCAGCCGCGUCACCGCCGGACCCACGCAUUUCUCACCUCUUGGACGAGUAUAGAGACGUCUUCGAGGCUCCCACCGGAACGGUUCCGGAUCGGCCCAUACGUCACGGGAUCACUCUCGAGGCUGGCGCCGUCCCUCCGCGUGGAUGUAUCUACCGCAUGAGCGAAGAGGAACUCGAGGUGCUUCGCGCACAACUCGAUGAUCUUCUCGACAAGAGCUGGAUUCGCCCUAGUUGCUCGCCAUACGGUGCACCUGUUCUCUUCGUCCGGAAGAAGAACAAAGACCUACGGUUAUGCAUCGACUAUCGGAAACUUAACGCACAAACCGUAAAGAAUGCCGGUCCUCUCCCUCGGAUUGAUGAUCUCCUUGAGCUGUUAGGCGGCGCGACGUACUUCUCGAAGUUGGACUUGAAGUCAGGUUACCACCAGAUUGAAAUCCAGCCUCAAGACCGGUACAAAACUGCGUUCAAGACGCGGUACGGGCAUUUUGAGUGGGUUGUCAUGCCCUUUGGCCUCACCAAUGCCCCCGCAACUUUUCAAGCAGCAAUGACGACUGAGUUUCGCGACUUGCUCGAUCGCAGCGUCCUUAUCUACCUUGAUGACAUCUUGGUUUAUAGUAGGACGUUGGACGAGCACAUCGUACACCUUUGCGUUGUUUUGAAUCGUUUGCGACUAGCCAAGUACAAAGCGAAUCUCGACAAGUGCGAAUUCGCCAAGCAAGAGCUUGAGUACUUGGGUCAUUUUGUCACACCGAAAGGCAUUCGUCCCUUAGCGGACAAGAUCCAAGCCAUCAGUGUCAUCAACUAUUGCAUGAUUGUGUACAUGGAUGAUAUUCUGGUGUAUUCGAGUUCCUACAAGGGGCAUGUGCAGCACAUCGAAUGGACGCUGCAUGCAUUGAGGGAUGCCGGUUUCAAGGUGGCGCUGGAGAAAUGUCAGUUCUUUCUCACCACCAUUUCCUUCCUGAGACACGUGGUGACAGACCUGGGACUUAGACCGGACCCGCAAAAAGUCUGUGUCCACGACUAUCACGCAAGUUCGCGCCUUUCUGGGCCUGGCCUCGUACUACCGGAGGUUUAUCAAGGGCUUCGCGGCUAUAGCGGGUCCCGUUACGAAUUUGCUGAAAAAGGAUGUGAUCAAGCGUUUUCGAAACUCAAGGCAGCUCUUAUUUCGACUCCGGUCCUUUUAAGGCCAUAUCCCGCAAAGCCUUUUGUCCUCAUCACAGACUGGCAGCCGGAGGCAAUCUCAGCGAUCUUGGCCCAAGUGGGACCAGGCGGGCUCGAAUGCGUGGUGGAAUACGCGUCUAAGUCGGUGCCUGCAUGCAAACGCAAUUACGCCGCCCCGAAAGGAGAAUGCGAUGCAGCUCUGUGGGGGAUCAGUCACUUUCGAGCCUAUUUGUAUGGGCGGAAGUUCACGCUGGUCACCGACCAUGAGCCAUUAUUAGCCCUGAAGAAAUCGAAGGAUUACUCCGGCAUGAUCGGGAGAUGGGCAACGGUGCUACAGAGCAUGGACUUUGACAUUCGUCAUCGGAAGCACGAGAGGCACGGGAAUGCUGACGGGUUGACACGAUUGCACCGACCCGAGAAGGUCCUCAAGAGCGAGGAGGUGAUUCCGUGGAACGAGCCGAAGGAUGAGAACGGACCGCGAUACGGGCAAGUGGAAAUUCUGUCGAAGGAGUGAGUGACACGGGGCUUUUCCUC